AUGGAUUCUUCAUCUUCCGCAUCUGAUCAAGGUUCCCAUUCCGACUUUGAAGAUAAUGAUUAUGAGUUAGAAGAAGAGGUGGGUGAUGAUGACAAUUUCAAAAAUAAAAAACCUAACCCUCUUAACUCGGUUCUUUUCCAAAUCUCGAUCGAAUUGACAAGAAAACUGAGCCACAGCCACCGAUUUCAGGGCUUUUGGUUUGUGAACCACAAUUUUGGAUAUCGCACGGUGGGUUUUUUUCUUCCCCUCCUUUUCGAAUUCACUUUGUUUGAAACGGGCAUGGAGGAGCCGGUGGCAGUGACUUCGCAAAAGCACGACCCGGCAUGGAAGCACUGCCAGAUGUUCAAAAACGGUGACAAGGUUCAACUCAAAUGCAUAUACUGUGGAAAAAUUUUCAAAGGCGGCGGCAUUCACCGCAUCAAAGAGCAUCUCGCGGGCCAGAAAGGCAACGCCGCCACUUGCCUCCGAGUCCAACCCGACGUCCGCCUGCAAAUGCUGGAGAGCCUAAACGGAGUCGCCGUGAAAAAGCGUAAAAAACAGAAACUUGCAGAAGAAAUCUCAAUAUACGACAGUCCCGUGGCAGCCCACAGUACCGAAACCGCAAACAACAACAACGGCCCCUUAAGCACAGAAGUCGUUUUGCUCCCCUUACCCGAAACAGCCGAGCACGAACCAGACGUGUUCGUAAACCGAGAAGACACAAGUGGAGUAAGAAAGAAGAAAGGAAGGGUUCGGAAAGCUCCGGACACUUCUUCUUAUCCCUGCCUUCUCCCAGCGCCUCCCACGAACAACUCGAGGAAAAUAAGCAGCACAGUCAACAUGGCCGUGGGCCGAUUCUUCCACAACGUGGGCCUUCCCCCCGAAGCCGUGAUGUCGGCCCACUUCCAGCCCAUGCUCGACGCCAUAGCCUCCCAAGGGCCCGGUGUCGUGGGCCCCACUUACCACGACCUCCGAGGCACCGUCUUACGAAACCUCGUCCACGAGACGAGGGGCGAAUUCGACCGAUGCGCGUCUGCCUGGACGAGAACCGGCUGCACGGUUUUAGCAGACGAACGCAAAUCAUUCGUCAACUUCUUCGCGUACUGUCCCGAGGGCACGGUUUUCCUCCGCUCGGCUGACGUGUCACACGCGCCCGACUCGUCUGACCUCAUAUUCGAGCUGCUGAGGUCAGCGGUGGAAGAAGUUGGCUCGAGAAACGUUCUCCAAGUGGUGACGGGCUCUGACGAGAAGUACAUUCUCGCCGGAAAAAGGCUGGCUGAACUCUACCCGACUCUCUUCUGGGCCCCGUGUGCUGGAAAGUGCAUCGAUCAGAUGCUUGAUGACGUGGCGCAAAUCCCGUCUGUGAAUGCUGUUCUCGAACAGGCAAAAUCGGUCUCGAAAUACGUGUACUCGAGUGGGCCUGUCUUGAACAUGAUGAGACGGUACACGUUUGGGGUUGACUUGGUUGACUUGGGUCCGACUCGUUGUUCUACAGAUUUCAUGACUUUGAAAAGAAUGGUGGGGAUUCGAAACCAUCUUCAGUCGAUGGUCACGUCUGAAGAAUGGAUGGAGAGUCCAUACUCGAAAAGUCCAGGCGGGUUUUCGGUUUUGGAUACGGAUAAGAUUAUGAAGGAAACUGCGGCUUAUCAUGGAGGUGCGGGGGAUUUUGGUCGAAAGAUGGCUAUCAGAGCUAGAGACACUUUGCUUCCUUCUGAGUGUGUUACGGGCAACAAACUACCCAAAGCUGUCGAUCCUAUUUCUUAUGAACACAUUAACUUGGUUGAGGAUUGGGUUGUGGAUAAUAAUAAAGACUUAUGCUCAGAGGGCUCUGAAAAUACAGAAUGGAUGGCUGUUGAUCCACCUUUGGGUAAUGUUAUGUCCCUGGGCCCACAAACCGACGAUGUUGAGGCUCUCGGUGCAGGAUUUGAUGAUUACGAAAUUUUUGACCGGGUGAAAGAUGGUGAAGAAAACGGAGAAGACAAAAUAGAGGACCAAAUAGGUUGUUCGCCAGCGAAAUUUCCCUUGAUAAAGGCAGAGGAAGAAGACGCGGAUAGAGGCUAAAGUAAGAAAACAUCGUUAAGUUAAACCAAGUCAGAUGAGUAUAUAUUAGCUCACUUGAAACAAUUUCCCUUGGUGAAUUUGGAAGAGUUUUACGAAUUUAUUUAUGCUCAUGUAGAAGAAAUACUAUAAAUUCUCUUGACUCUGCCCUUGAACUUGCAUGUAUAUAUGGAUUGUAUGAAUAUCUUAAAUAGUGAAUAAAUAUGCAACAUUUUUAUUCGAAUUUUCGAUCCCACAUCCUAUAUGGAUAGGUG